AUGCCCAUGGUGCUCCUCCCGCAAGUCCUACCGCUCCCUACUACGAGCGUCGUCAAGGCGUCGCUUAAAGAUGCUCGUCAGGUGGUCGUCAAUCCGCUUGAUAAGGCGGAGAAGGAGACAUCAUCAGACUCGAAAUAUACCGUUGCUGUACAGGCCGUAACAACGAAUCCUGCACAGCCGAACGAGACUCAUCUUCUAGCUACGAUAGGCAGCUUCAGCAGAGCGGAGAGGGAUCAAAAACUCCCUGAAUUCCUAGAAACAGAUAAGACGCCUAGACAAGAGGAUAUAUCCAAAAAAUCCACAUGGUUCUGCGAUUCAGUAUUCGCACUGGACGCCCAUAUAAAAAGCCAAGCUAUUAAUAACAGCACCCAGCAAUUAUUAUAUAACGGCAAUCCUCAAGCCGAUAUCUCUGGAUCAUUUGCAGCUUACAGAAGAUUAUCAUUACCACCUGGUUUUACACUUGGCCGAGGAGCCCCAUUUGAGUUUACAUCACUAAUGUCGGACCAACACGAGCUACCAAGGGAAAUUGACGGGAUAGAGGUUAACCCUGAAUGGGGUCUUACGAAAGCAGGAAAAGCAAGACAGAGGCUGCCUAUAGCUUGUACGAACUGCAGAGGAAAGAAGAUAAAAUGUCUUGUUAGCAAAGAUGGCGGUCCUUGCCAUAACUGUAUGAAAUCUGAUACUCUGAAGAAUAGUUGCCGAACAGAGGGAAGGCCAAGAAGACAAAGUUCUGCAAUAAAGAGAGAUAAAUCGAAAUCUCGCAAAAGAAGUGCUGGAAGGAGGCCUUCGCAAAACGAAGGCGACGAUUCUUCUACCAGCUUUUCCAGAGCCUCAUCUAGAGAUCUUGCUGAUGAUGAUAGCAUAAUGCUUGGUGCUAUGGAUCCAUCACUUCUUACUCUACCAAUUGGGUCUGCAAUGCCACCUUCUCAUGCCAUAUACUCAGGGAUGCAUACGGAAUCUUCAUAUCCUCAUUCAUCCGACUCUCCUGUUAGCAACAUGUCAGAUAGAUCUCGCCAACUCUCACUAGAGUCCAUAUCUUCAUCUUAUCAACCACUCUUCACAUCAGGAUAUAGCUUGGAAAACGAAGGAGCUUAUGACCCUCGGCUUUUCGCAGUCCCUCCCGAGCCAAGGCUUGUAUCGCCUCUCUCGAAGCUCAAUCCAACAAGUUUUCCGAAGCAAACAAGGAUACAACUUCCGGAUGAACAGACAACGAAGAAUCUUGUAGAGCUUUUUUUCACCCAUCUCCACUGGCAGGGAUACGGGUUUCUACAACCAUCAUCAUUUCUACGGAAUUUAACAGCCCAGUCGCCCAUUCUACUCCUGUGCAUUUGUGCAGCUAGCUGUCGAUUGUCUGACGAAUUACGUGCAACUAACUCGCCUCGUAUACUGGAGGCACAAGCAAAACAAGCUGCGCUUGGUGAAAGAUUUGCGCCCACAUUAACGACUAUCCAGUCCUUUCUCUUACUAGCUUUUCAUUAUUCUGCAACUGGUGACAUCGAACUGUCAAAUGGGUAUUCCGACAUCGCUAUUUCAAUGGUCAAACAAAUACGACUCGGGGAGCAAGUCAAUGAGAAGCUUCGACAAAAGGAAAGGCUAGGGCAAUCUACCAUGGAGCCUGCAAUAGAAAUCGGCAAAAGAACAUUCUGGGCGGCCUAUUUACAAGAUCGUUCCCGGCAUUUGACUGAACAUCAGGCCCCUGAACAGAGAUUAGCAGUAUCUGAUAUCCCACUUCCAUGUCUUGAAGGGGAAUUUGAUUUAAGAGAGAAGAUCGGGGACUCAAAGGGUGUUUUUGAUCGGGCAAACAACAUCGGUGUAAUGGGCUACCUUAUUAAAAUCGUCGACAUUCGGGCCAGGCUUCUACACUUCCUUAAGGUCUCUUGCACCCACCUGCCUCAAGUCUAUCCAUCAGAGCAUGGCUCUUGCGACACAAGGCAGCUUGCCGCAGAGUUGAAAAUAUGGGAGGAAACACUUCCGGCAGAAUAUCAAUUUACAGCUGACAACUUCAAGGGUCACUUCGAUGGCGAACAUUCUAUCAUCGAAACCAUCUGCUUGAUGCACAUCAUCUACCACACCACUCUAAACCAGCUUCACCGUUACCAAGACACGAAAGAAACGUUCACAGAACACUACCUUCCAGCUUUCAACCAUGCACUUGCGGUACUGGCCGUACUGAGAUCGAUCUCAAAGUAUAACGAUGAAGUUGCGAGGCCGGUUGGGAGAAAAAUACAACUCGUCUCCCCUUUUGUCCCUUUCGCUGUGGGAAUUGCUUGUGAUACGAUUGGACGCCUAUUAACAUACCUGCCGGAAGAAUACAUUCUGGAGGACGGUCGGCUGCUUGCCAAUCCAAAUAUCUCUUUAUUUUUCAACGCAAGAAAAUAUUACCGAGAGAGUUUACAGUUACUUCGGAACUACAUGCACAGGAUGAAGGCCGCUGCCGAUAUCUAUGUCAUGAUUCGAAAGCUCUGUGUCGAUAUCAGGGAAGCUUGCACUGACGGAAUUGGGAACAAGCAUGCUGGCUCUGCUGACCCAACAGGCCCUCAUUGUGUUUCUGGAGUAUGUAUCAACAAGGAAAAGCUGAGAGCAAUUGCUCCCACAAUGAUCCCGUUGAACGGUUCGGUUGUGGAUAUCCUCUAUCACGGAGAUUAUUUUGGAGCGUGGUUUCGACAGGGCGGAUCCCAAGAAAUCGAAAGGCUGACACACCCCGCCACCGAUCAUCAGCGCCAACCAACUGGCUUACCUGAGAUUAGCUCAAGUAGCCUGCGGAUGGCCACGACGCCAUUAGCCCAUACCGCUCAGCCAUCUGAGGGAUAUGUAACGGCGGUUCAGCUACCUAGAAGUACCCUCGCUGUUUUCAACCUCCAGGUCGAUGCCUCUGAAGAUCAAGAUGCCGCACAGUGGAAUUUGCCACCUGGAACGGCCCCUGUAGCAUCAACACAAAGUUCACCGCUCAUGGGUCAAGAUGCUCGGUCAUCUCACUCUGGGAGUGUCGGUCUUCCUGAGCCAUUCCUUCGUAUGAAAUCGGCUCUAGGACAAUCUACGGCGAGUUCUAACACUAUUCCUUCCUCAGGAAACAGUCCGAUACCUCUUUCUGGUCCGUUUAUUUCCACCGCAAGUACGAGUUGGCAAAGCCCUGGGCUCACAGGAGUCGACAUGCUUAGCUUCGAAUCGUUGAAUUUUAUGGAUGUCGACGCUAGUAGUCAAGAUGCUCCAUUAGAUUUCAGCAUGGAGGACCUCCUAAACAGCAAUCCUUUCAAUAACACCCCGGAAUAA